GUGGACAAGGGAAUGAUGAAAUAAUAUUCAUGUGUUCAACAUGAAAACUUCAAUUCACCCCCAACGCAAACUUAAAUCAAUGGAAUCAAUCAACACAACACUUUUUGUGUGGUUCAAGUGGAGUCUCAUAUUGUUUGUCCUUCUUGUUUAGUUCCACUCUAGAAAGUCUAUAUAAAUAAUAAAAUAAUCAAAACAAAACAGAGUCUUCUUGAUCAGUCCAGUUAAAUAUGGCUUAUGCUGUAGUUCAGCACUUGGGCAGCGCAUGCUUGUUUUCUGGUGGUUCCAGCCUUGCCGAGGGGAGGCUGAGAGUGAGGAGGGCUGCUGUUUCAUGUGUUAAAACUGAGGAACAAAAGAAGGUCAAAUUGGGUUCUUCUGAUUUGGAGGUCACCAAGCUUGGAAUUGGAGCUUGGUCUUGGGGUGACACCAGUUACUGGAACAACUUUGAAUGGGAUGAUAGGAAGUUAAAGGCUGCUAAGGGAGCUUUUGAUAAGAGCAUUGAUUGCGGUAUUACAUUCUUCGACACAGCUGAAGUUUAUGGUUCAAGGGCCUCAUUUGGUGCUAUAAGUUCUGAGACGCUAUUAGGAAGGUUUAUCAAGGAAAGGAAACAAAAGAACCCAGACGUGGAAGUUGCAGUUGCUACCAAAUUUGCUGCCUUACCAUGGAGGCUUGGUCGGCAAAGUGUCCUUUCUGCUCUAAAGGAUUCCCUCUCUCGUCUUGAAUUGUCAUCAGUUGAACUCUAUCAGCUCCACUGGCCUGGCAUAUGGGGAAAUGAAGGAUACAUUGAUGGUCUUGGAGAUGCUGUGGAACAAGGCCUUGUGAAGGCAGUUGGAGUAUCUAACUAUAGUGAGAAGCGACUUCGACAAGCAUAUGAGCAACUUAAAAAGAGAGGCAUCCCCCUGGCAUCGAACCAAGUUAAUUACAGUCUCAUUUAUCGGGCUCCAGAGGAAAAUGGCGUCAAGGCAGCCUGCGACGAACUUGGCAUUACUCUGAUUGCAUACUCCCCUAUUGCGCAAGGUGUCCUAACGGGAAAGUAUACUCCAGAAAAUCCUCCAACUGGUCCUCGCGGAAGAAUCUACACUCCUGAAUUCUUAACCAAACUGCAACCCCUAAUAAAAAGAAUAAAGGAGAUGGGGGAGAGUUACAGCAAAACCCCAACUCAGGUUCUUUCUUUUCUUCUCACCUAUGUCACGAUAUAUAAAGCUCAUCAUACUUGUUUUAGUAGCCCAUUCAAAUGAAGUUUAAUUACAUGCUCUGUUUUCCCGGUUUGGUUUGGUUGGUUGGUUGCACAGGUUGUGCUGAAUUGGUUGAUAUGCCAAGACAAUGUAGUUCCAAUUCCAGGAGCCAAAAAUGCAGAACAAGCGGAGGAAUUUGGUGGUGCACUGGGUUGGAGUCUGACAAAAGAAGAAGCUGACGAGCUUCGGGCAUUGGCAUUAGAGAUAAAACCUGUCAUAGGUUUUCCGGUGGAGAAGUUAUGAGUAUGGUGAUUAGAUAUAGAGCAAGACACCCUAGCUAGUUACAUUCCCAUAAUCCAUAUAUAGUACAGUUGGGAGGUGUAAGAGAUUUUUAUAUAAAAGCAGUUUUAAGACUGUGAAUCAAAUGUAGUAUGAAACGCAUACUUGAAGGGGGAAAAAGGCAUUCACAAUCCUGUAAAUAUGUAAGCUUCGCAUUUUAAGUCAGCAGAGAAUAAAUGUAUAAUUUUUUAAGACUGACAUUGAUGCAAUCAUAUAAUCCAGGAGUUGGGGUGGUCGCGCUCAAUGGUCUUGAGGUACACUUGUUGGGGAGACAUAGGUAAGAGAGUAAAAGAGAGGCACUUAAACACAAAGUGAUAUCGAUUGGAGUAACCGUGUCGUGACGGACACGGCGAUCAGGUUGCCAGGGUCGGCCGAGGAGGAUAUCGGACAAUGUCAUAUCCUGCAUAACGUAACAAGGGACUUGAUCGGUGCAGUGGCCGAUUGAGAAUUGGAGAUUGACUUGUCGAUCCACGUAGAUGCAUUCAUGGUUGAUCCAUUGAAACACAAAAGGGACAGGAAGUUGAGUGGUGGGCAAUCCCAAUGUAGAUACCAAAGAUGCAGUGAUGGUGUUAUAAGCAGAACCACUAUCGAUGACGAGCAGGGCGGACAUGUGUUGGACAACACAAUUGGCCAGUGGCCCUUGGAUAGCCGACUGGCCGGUUCCGGACCGGUUACCUCUCCUUGGAUAGCCGAUUUCGGGCCGACUGGUCCUCCAUGGGUAGCCGGUUGGCCAGAAUUAUUUUUAAUUUUUUUUUUUCAAUUUUUUGGUGUUAUAUUCAUUUUAUUUAUUUAUUUAUUGUGUUAUACUCAUUUGUGUUAUACUCAUUUAUUUUUUAAUAUUUAUUAUAUUUUGUGUUAUAUUCAUUUUUUUUGUUAUACUCAUUUAUAGUAAUUUUUCUUUUCCUUUAGAAGUUGAAGAAGAAGAGAGAAAUGAUUUCAAGAAUGUAUUUUAUUACUCUUUGUAG